AUGCGGCUAGGACCGACGUUCAAGGCGUCCAUCGCGGCACUGGCGCUGGUCGAUGUCGUCCUCGCCGCCGACCCCGAAUGGAAACCCAUCUCGUUCAUACUCGACCCCGUGUCUCCCAUAUUUGGAUGGUCGACGGGUUGGCGGACGGCGUUCAGAGGCGUCACCAAUCCAACAGUGGGCCAAGUCGGCUGGGGCCCUUCUCAACGCGUACUCGAUGCUACCACUGCGACCACCCAAGCCAUGGACGACAUCAAUUACAACUCCAUCUCUGCAGGUCCUCCAUUCUUCGGCAGCGACUUACGAGUGUAUGGAGCUCGCACGCCGGCCCUGCCAGACGGUCAGGCAAUCUUCAACGCUCUCGUAAAUCAGACCUUGGCCGAAGCGAUCCCUACCAUGACCUCGCCUGGUGUCCAAGCUCCUGGGGAGAACAACUCGGCCAUCAGUAUUGACCUCCAAUGGCAAAGCACCGACGUCUGCACAAAGUUCAAGCACGCGGCGAUCCUGAUCGAUGUCGUGUGGAUCAACACUGCCACGCAGGAGGCUUGUGCCACCCACAUUGCUGACUUCAGCUCGUCAGUUGACCAAAUACCUCAAGACACGGAGUACUUUGUCAUCAAUGGAGCUCUCAACCCGCGUCUCCGAUGGGUGAACCAGGACCAAAGCGCAGCCAACCUCUGGAAAGUGCACAACGGCGUGGCGGACGUACUUAUCCCCACCUCUGGCAACGCUCCCGGCGGUGGCGGUGGCGGUGGCAAUGCUGGCAACGCUGGCGGCGCUGGCGGCGCUACCAGGCCCUUGGCUUCGCCCGUUCAAACUGUCUCCGGCCCGACGACCUCCAGCCCGGCCAAAGAUUCUGGGCCCCAGGACUACUGGCAGGCCAUUUCCUCUAAUCCCGGGACUUAUAGCGAAAUCCCCAUCCCAAACGGUGUUUCGUUCAUUAUGAUCAACGGCACAACAGGACCCGGCCGGACGAAGCUCCAAGCUCAGAUUCUGCCGCUGCCGCCAUCUCAGAACACUUCCACUUCUGACGGGACAGAGAGUUUCAACUCGGCCAACAACUCGUGGGCUACAGAUACCAUCCUGUACCUCCGAGAGCUGGACCCGACUGUGCGGUACAAUCUCACUCUGUCGCCGUUCCCGACUACGAGUAACGAGACAGCAACAGUGGGCAUCCACAGCAUCACCUACUGGUACGGCACCAGCAACGGCACAGUACCCGUCAAACCCUCGAAUGGACCCAACAUUGCAGCGAUCGUUGGGGGCGUGGUAGGCGGUGUGGCGGGAGGUCUGUUGCUCGCCGCCAUUGCCGUCUAUUUCUGCGUAUGGAAGCCCAGAAAGCGGAGGGAGCGCGAGGAAGCCGAGCAUGUCGCUUCCAUCGAGAACUCGCGCUUCACCCCAUUCGUGCGGCAGGCGGUCGACAGCGAAGCUGCCAACAAGGUCAUUCCACCAAGCUACAACCCGGCGUGGGCGGACCAGUUCCCCAGUGACAGCGCCACGCGGACUAACAGCGGCAGCGACGCGUCGCUGCUAGGCACCAACUCCAACUCCAACACCAACUCCAACACCGGAAAGCAGCGCACUGGAGGGUCAGGCAUGUCGAACCCCACCCAAUCGACGGUGCCCGACUGGAAGCAGCCUUACUUGCCAGAAACGCAUGGUGGUGCAGCGCUUGGUGGAGCAGUAGGGCCCGCUGUGUCGUCUAGCCAACGGGGUUUGUUCAGGGAGAAGCACGCCGCAAACGCUUCCUCAAGGCAGUCGUCAGAGAAGCCGUCGACAUUCAAGGACGAGAAAGGCGGGCAGAACCUGCAGGCAGGUUACUCUGAGGACAUGUUGCGGGCUAUCAACCCCGACCCGUAG